AAUCUCCAGAGCGGCUUAUCUUACCGUGGCAAAAUGCAGCAGCUCGUCUCCCAGCUCAUUCUUGAUCUUUCUAAAGAGACUGACGACGGCUCGGCAGGGUCCACACCACUGCUGCAUCUGGUUCUCUCUUCAGUCUGGGAUAGACAUUCCUCACAUAAGAACACUGAUGUGAAGUGCAGCCAAACACAACAGCAGUUCUCAGACUUUGAAAACAUAUUCUGACUAUGAUCCACUGGCCCGGCUCUUGAAUCAAACCAACAAGCAUGCUUAUGCAAAUGCUACGGGUAGUCCAGAAUGGUGCAGAUGCAGCCGCAGAGACACCACCAUAUUAGUUUACAGUGAGACAUUUAAGAUUAUUUACAUGUCAUCACCUUUACCAAUAAUUGGAAUUGAAUUUCAAAAAUAUUUUGCUAUGAAUAUUUUUCUUUUAAUCUAUCAGUCUGCCUUUACAUUGCUUUAAUGUAUUAUUAUUUUAACAUGUCAUAUUUCUGUCCUGUGCAGAGUGAAUCCAGCAUUUAUAUGUAGAUGUCACUUGUGAAACUUUGCAGCAUGCAAUUGGCCGUUGGUCCUCUUAGCAGCAUGAAAAACUUUCCUGGUUACUGAUGUAUCCUUGGUUCCCUGAGAUAACGGGAACGAACAUUGUGUCAGUUUCUGACACUUAUGGGAAACGCAAUUCAGUAGCGCCUUGCUACGGAAGCCGUCCUGCAAGGCCGUAGCUUGGGGGAACUUGAUGACAAGGACCCCAAGGCAGGCUACCAGAGAUAGGGACCUAAAAUAUGUUUGAUAAGACAGGCUCAAGACUGGGACCAUCAUGAUGCAAAGUGCUCUCAGGACAAUAGACAGGUCCCAGGAAAGAACUGUGUUGGGGCGAGGAAGGUUUAGCCUCCUGGUCCCUCUGAGAAACCUGACCACAAGGUCAUGCUUCCCAUCAGCUUCCCAAUAGCUGCCGUGUGUACCUUGAACGUGAACGGGGUCCAUCCGCCGUCCAACAGCUCCUGUAGAAAUGAGACAAUAGAAGUGAUUUCACAAGACAGGGGGUCUACAUUCUGAGGUGAGCACCAGCCAGAAAAAAAAAAGAUCAUUUUGGCCGUAAAUGCGCCUGGUUGAAGACUGUGUUCAUGGCCUCCCAGGAAAGAGGUGAAGGCUCCCAUCGAGAGGCCACAGAUGGAGGCUCCACAAUUUGGGUUGGCCAGGCGACAGUGAGCUUUUGCUUAGAUUGAUCCUGAACCCCAGACUUUCCAAGUUGCUGAGGAGCAGAAAUCUGUGCACAAAGUAAUUCAGGAUGCAUACUCCCACCCGUCUCAAGGGGGGACAGGGCCACAUCCACGCAUUUAGUGAAGGUGCGUGGAGCUAGGGACAGUCUGAAAGGUAGUAUAUUGGUAAGCAACCCCUUCAAACGCGAAUCUUGGUCAAGGCGGGGUCCCUGGCACUUGGGAAAUAGGUAGCGCUUAGCUGGAUGGAAGCACUGCUUCACCUCGGGUUCUGCCUUUUGCUGGGGCUGAAUAAGUGCCGGGAGCCAGCUUGGCGUGCUGCUGAGUCGACAACGACUAAAGAUGACUCAAAGCAGCAGAGGAACUCGUCCGCUUCGGCACGAAGUGCCACAACGCUUGGAUGUCUUCUGGGCUGCUGUGAAACACUCAGCAAAGCCAUUCACUACAGAACCAAACAAGCCUGAGGGAGAGACAGGGGAAUCAAGGAAGGCUGUUUUGUCAUCGUCCUUGAUCUCCUGUUAAGUUUAACCAAAGGUGGCACUUGAGGACCACCAAAUUAGCCAUGGCACAACCAGUCACUUGGGCUGUAGACUUGAACGCCGCCAGGUCAGGACCACUCUCGUCCAUGGCAUGGAGAAUGCCACUUGAAUUUGCUCUUUUAGACGUGAGAUUUGCUCUUUGAGUAGUCGCCAGAUGGCCAUAGGGGAGAAGCACUGAUUCAGCUGCAGCUGUCAAAGCGCUGUUAAUCUGCUACUUGAGGCUUGUUCUACGGUAAGCAGAAGGCUUCUUUCUUGUCUUCAGAGUCAGCAAGAUGAUCUUCGCUCUUAAAAGAGAAAAAUUCUGACCAAAAUGGCUUUCAAUGUGACUUAAAUAGGCAGUCGGCCCACCUGUUUCGAUUGGCUGAAAAGCCAUUUGUGAGUGCAAAUGCACAGACGUGAACCAAUCAGGCUUCAGUAUUCUGAGUUUUCCCCAUAAGCAUCAGAAACUGACGCAAGGCGAGUGAACCGUAUCGGAAGGGAACAAUAGUUUUAUUCAGUCGGGUAUAUUGGGUGUAGCCUCAAAAGCGAGCCAAGACCGCUUCCUUUACAAUCAGUAAAAUGCUGUCGCUUUGUCAGUUCAUCGCGACCUCGCAAAGUUUCGACAAUAUAUUAUUACAGUAUCAACCGAGGGUGCUCUUGUUUUUCUGGGUGCUUCAUCUUACUAAAGAACCAGCAUUAACCACCCUAACUCUUCAACAACGCAUAAGAGUAACAUGCAACACAAUCUCAUGACAAUUUGUAACUAUUAUGUUUUGCAGAAUUGGUGGCUUAUUCGUAUAAAUUCGUACAAUUUCAUUCGUAAAGUUUUUGUACGAUCCGCUUACACCCCAGUGAUGGUAAUGUUUAGGGGUGGAUCUCAUGCUUACUUCUUAAGUUGCUUAAGUUGUAUGUUUUAGCAGUAUAUGACCUUCACUCAUUGUGUUUUGUGCUUGUUACAAAUACUGACUGCUGUCAAACAGAACCUUCUAUUCAAAUCAUGGAAGAGAAUUUCAUCCCAUAUGAAGAAUCAUAUGACCGCAGCAUUACACCAGUAAUUCCACGGACACUGCACAUCUCAUUCAAGUCUGCUGUCUUUCUCAAAGGCUUGAUGGUCACACACAUCAUGCCCUCAUUCUACAUCUUCGUCAUCCUCAUUAGUUUGCCCCUGAACGCUUUGGCACUGGUGACGUUCACCUGUAGGAUUAAAGUGAAGAAACCAGCCGUGAUCUACAUGUCUCACCUGGCGUGUGUGGACCUGUUCUUCACCCUGCUGCUGCCUCUGAAGAUCCACUACCAGCUGAACGCUUCAGAUUGGGUGUUCGGUGAGGUGGCGUGUCGUGUGCUCAGUGCAGCUUACUACUGCUACAUGUACUGCUCCAUACUGCUGAUGAUGUGCAUUAGGGUGGACAGACUGCUGGCUGUGGUGCUUCCCAUCACCUCUUUAACCUGGAGGAGCGCAAGGAAAGCCAUGUGCGUAUGUGUGCUGGUCUGGCUGCUGGCGCUCGCUGGUACGGUGCCACUUCUCUCAAUGAGACAAACAAACAACGUUGAGGAUGUGGGCAUCACUUGUCAUGACGCACUGCGCCACUACGACCCUACAGUGCUGUAUUAUGUGCACCUGUUCUCCAUCCUCUCCUGCCUCUACUACUUCUUGCCACUGGUUGUCACCUUAGUGAGCUACUUUACUAUCAUAUAUGUACUCAGUGCAAAGUCUGAACACUUAGAAACAUCGUCAUCACCUUCAGGCAUCCGAAGGAAAGCUGUGAUUAUGGCUACUGCCGUGCUGAUUGAGUUUGUGGUGUGUUUUGCUCCAACCAGUGGCAUCCUGUUGUACCACUGUGUUCAUUUAGCUACUGGAGGAAACCGCGAGGAAGCAGAUUCAUCAUAUGUUGCUUACCUGUUGGCUGUGUGUUUGGGGAGCGCAAGUGUGUUUCUGGACCCACUUCUGUACUACUACGGCUCGUCUCAGUGCAGACAGCAAAUCAGAUCUGUGUUUUGGUGCAGAAAGGCAAAAAGAGCGAAAACGCCAAACAAAUGAAAUGCCCUCACUGCAGCUGCACAAUACAAAAAAAGUGGAUCUCUCUUAAAAUAACAACUGCCAUAUUGUUGCUUGACAAGUUCACUACGCUGUAUUUAUCUGCCAGUAUUAACAGACAUGGAAUGAAGUGUUGGUGUUCAAUUUUUCUGUUUGCACUGUUGCACACAUUUUACUACUAUAUCAUGAAGUAUAUUGACAACUAUACCGUGUUAUGUCAGUAAUGGUUUUGGAGCAGUGUUUAUAAUGUAUAAUAUAUUAUCUGCAUAUUAUUCAUAUAUGUCACCCAUAUCAAUCUAUAUUAAUAAAUAAAAUAAUAAUAAUAAUAUAAAUAAAACCUGUAAUAGCCUAUUUGAUCAUUGCUUUUACAUAUUUUGGUUCUGCAAUUGCACAGAGGCUGUGAUUAAGCAAUCGUCUAGCUCACAUUGUUAAUUACACAACGUAAAUAACCUAAAGCAUAUACUUUUACACUGUUCUGGAAGGCGUGUCCCAGGUAAGGUCACACGACUCUGGCUUUCAACUGUUCAAGUUUGAUAUGGGAUUUAGAAAGUAAUGAGUAAUAAGUAAUGGAAUACUUCAUUUCCCGGGUACUUUUGUGUACUCUUUUAUAAGUAGGCUACUGUGAAUUUGGACAUACUAUACUUCUUUUAUCACAUAGACUACUGUUUUUCACCUACUACACUCUACAAAAUGCUGAGUUAAAAACAACCCAAGU